UGUUGUUAUAAGCUGAAACAGACUGAUGGUGAGGAAGGAGCCGUGCGCUGAGCAAAAAAAAACCUAAAGUCUGUGCUUGUGUGCAGCCAACUUUGCCAACUUUAAGCCAAGAACAGAGUGUUGUUUUGCUUAAUUACGAGACGUGGACACUCCUGGUGACAUUCCCGAUGACGUUCCCGGUGACAUUCCUGGUGACAUUCCCAGGCCUGAAGGUGUCCUGCUCUGUGACCUUUAAAUGAACAUGGGCUGAUGGUAGCCUUCCACUUCAGGCACCUCAUCUUCCCAGGAAGGCAUCAUUCUCUUUCAUGGCGUGAUGAGAUAAAAGAUUUACCCAAACCUGUAUGGAAAGUUUUGAUCCGAACCUAAUGGAGAACACAACCAGAUGGUUGACUAUUAAAGCAACAUUUGAAAUAAUCUUGAGUGAUCUGAGAUAUAAUCAGCAUGAAGAUAGAUGAGGAAAAUGAGGCCAACUUGCUGGCAGUGCUCACAGAAACCCUGGACAGUAUCCCGGUGGACGAGGACGGAUUGCCUUCGUUCGAGGCCCUGGCAGAUGGGGACGUGACCAACGCCAGUGAUCAGAGCUGUCCCUCCACCCCUGACGGCUCGCCGCGCACCCCAGAGCUGGAGGAGCCCUCCCUGCUGAAGAAACUCCUCUUGGCUCCCCCUAACUCCCAGCUCAGCUAUAAUCAAUACCCAGGUGGUAAGGCACAGAACCAUGCAGCCGGCAACCACAGGAUCAGACCCACACCUGCUGUUGCCAAGACGGAAAAUCCCUGGAGCAGCAGACAAAGAGGGGUUUGUCCCCAGCCGGGCCGCCUGGUGAGGCGCCCCUGCACCGAGCUGCUCAAGUACCUCACCGCAAGCGACGAUGCCUUCCCAACCAGAGCCGGCGAAUCCAAAAGCACGUGGCCAGGCUAUGGCAAAGACAGGGGCGGGCCCGGUGCCUCCUCCUGCUCGUCCUCUUCCUCACCGUCCUCCUCGUCCACCUCCUCCUUCUCCUCCCUCUCCUCCUGCUCGUCCUCUUCCGCCUCGAAGAAGAAGUCCUCUUCAGCCCCCCUGUCGUCGCAGCAACAGCAGCUGGCAGCGCAGGCCCAGAGAGCCAAACCAACCACCUUGCCACUUCCUUUGACCCCAGAGUCUCCAAAUGACCACAAGGGAUCUCCAUUUGAGAACAAGACCAUUGAACGCACAUUGAGUGUGGAGAUCUCUGGAACCCCAGGUCUGACACCACCAACCACGCCUCCUCACAAAGCCAGUCAAGAGAACCCUUUCAAAGUAUCACUCAAAACCAAGCUGUCUUCAUGCUCCUCUUCAGCCUUGACAUGCAAGAGGGCCAAGCUGAGCACUGGAGGCCCUUGCACUCAGCCAGACAGUGGCCCUGACAGGAAAGGGCCCAAGCAGACUGAGCUCUAUGCCCAGCUGAGCAAGGUGUCCAUCGCCCUGCCUCUGGAGGGCUCGGAGGAGCGGCGGAGCAAGCGGCCCACGCCCCGCGUCUUUGGCGAUCAUGACUAUUGCCAGUCCUCGAGCACAAAACGAGACGGCGGCUCCACCGUCCCCGCCGUCGCCGGGCCGGCGGGGGGCCGGCACGCGGAACGUAAGGACUCAGCCGCGCUGCCCUCCUCUGCUCCCGCAUCCUCUUCGUCUUCCGAUCGCCCCUCAUCUUCCUCUCUGGCCGGGCAGCCGCACAGCAGCGCUCUGCCCAUGGUCCAGGAGGCUCGUCCGGACAAGGGGGCUAGGGGGCAGGACUGCAGCCCCGUGUCAGGCGCUGAAGCAUCCGCGGAGCUCAGCGGCUCUGCCGGCAGGAAGCCUCUGUGUGACCAGGAGAUACGGGACGAGCUCAACAGGCACUUCGGUAAUCCGCAGCAGGCAUUCUUCAGCGAGGCCGAGCCGAGAGGCUUCCAGCCAGUGGACGAAUGCGACUCGGGCGAUGAGCACUACUCCCCUUUCGGGGGCUACAUGCACCCGGGCCUGGCCGACUUCGACGGGCUGGAGGCAGGCGGUGAGCGCUUUCUCUGCUCAUGGGAAGGGACUCCUCUGGAGCUGCUCCUCGAGAGCUCGGCCUCCUGCUCCCCCUCCAGCAGCUCGCCGUCCCGGAGCUCCAUCUCGCCGCCCUCCACUCUGCUGUCUCCACGGCACUUCCGCUGGCCACAGUCGGGCUCGCGCUCCAGGUCUUCCUCCCGCCACAGAUGCAGGUCCCUGUCCAGGUCCCCAUACUCACGCUCGCAGUCCCCUGACAGCCGCUCCCCCUCUUGGUCUCGUCACACUGUUGACAACAGCACUCUCAAAUCCAGGAGUCACAGAAGCCCUCAAACCCAGUCACGCUCUGUUCUUGGUCGGAGGCCCAGGUACGACAGCUAUGAAGAGUACCAGCACGAACAGCUGAAGAGGGAGGAGUACCAGUGGAACCAUGACAAACAGGAGGGCGAAAAGUCCGAACAGAGGGAGCGACAACGGCAACAAGCGAUAGAGGAGCGGCGGGUGUUGUACGUGGGACGUCUUCGGGCCGACAGCACGCGCUCCGAGCUCAAGAGCCGCUUUGAAGUCUUUGGCGAGAUCGAGGAGUGCGCUGUCAACUUGAGACCUGACGGGGAAAAUUUUGGCUUCAUCACCUACCGCUACACCUGUGACGCCUUCGCUGCCCUUGAGAACGGCCACACCCUGCGCAGGUCGAACGAGCCUCAGUUCGAGCUUUGCUUCGGAAAACAAAAGCAGUUCUGCAAAUCGGAUUACACAGACUUGGACUCUCAUUGUGACGACUUUGAUCCAGCUUCCACUAAGAGCAAGUAUGACUCUAUGGAUUUCGACAGCUUGUUGCGUGAGGCCCAAUGCAGCCUGAGAAGGUAACGAGCUCUACCACAUCUGCUGGCGACCAGGAGAGGAUCCGUGAUACCUCACUGCUGUUUCAGUCCUCUGAACAUGAAGUUUUACAUGUAAGAGCAAAGUCUGUAUAAAGACGCAGAGAAAUAUAUGAAUAUACACACACACUCACAUGCGCACACACACGCACGCACACGCACACACACACACACACA